AAGUACGCGGCGACCGUGACCGCGCGGCUCUACUACCGCGUGAACCUGAGCCGCACGGGCAAGAUCUCGCGCCGGGAGCUCCUGCGGCCGUCGACGCCCUGCGUGCUCCAGGCCCUGGUCCAGCUCGACGGCGACCCGGACAUCAACAAGGAGCUCUCGUACUUUAGCUACGAGCACUUUUACGUCCUCUACUGCCGCUUCUGGGAGUUGGACGGGGACCACGACGCGCGCCUGAGCCGCGACGACGUGCUGAAGUACGGCGGCCACCGCCUGUCGCGGGCCAUCGUCGACCGCGACGGCCGGCCCCGCGGCGGCGGCGGCGGCGGCGGCGACGACGCGCGCGCGGCGCCGUCGCCCGCGCGCGACGCCGACGCGCUGACCUACGCGGACUUCGUCUACUUCAUGCUCAGCGAGGAGGACAAGUCGACGGAGGCGGCGAUGCGCUACUGGUUCCAGUGCGUCGACGUCGACGGCGACGGCGUCGUCGACGUCCGCGACGCGGCCUUCUUCUACGACAUGCAGGCGCGGCGCAUGGAGUGCCUGGGCCACGACGUCAUCGGCUUCGAGGACGUGCUCUGCCAGAUGGCCGACCUCCUCACGCCCGCGUCGCUCGAGAAGACGAACGUCGACGGCUCGGGCGGCAAGCUCUGGCUCACGUUGGACGACGUGCUCCGGAAGACGCGCGUCGCCGGCGUCUUCUUCGACGCGCUCUUCAGCCUCGACAAGUUCGUCGCCUUCGAGCAGCGCGACCCCUUCGCGGACCGCCUCAAGCGCGACGACCCCUUCGACACGGACUGGGACCGCUUCGCCGCCGCCGAGUACGCGCGCCUCGCGACGGAGGACGACGCGCACGAC